GACGAGGCCUAUAAAUACGAUGUAUCUUGCUCCACCAUGGAUCAAGCCAUCCAAAUCCUCAAUUAAUUAAGAAGAUGUCUUGCUGUGGCGGAAACUGUGGCUGCGGCUCCAGCUGCAAGUGCGGCAAUGGCUGCGGAGGGAGAAAGAUGGGCCUGGACAUGGCCGGGGAGACCACAGCCAUGGUCGACUUUGGCGCUGGCAGCCACGAAGGGAGCAGUGAGGGGUUCGAAAUGAUCUCUGGUUCGUCUGAAGGUGGAAGCUGCGACUGCACCAAAUGCAAGUGCGGGAGCAGCUGCAGCUGUGCUUGUUGCAGCUGCAACUAAAGUAGGCAACACUGCUCGAUGCACGCUCAUGCUCUCUCUCUCUAUCUUUCAUUCAUUAACUAUAUAUCAAAUGAGAUGGACGACUGAGAGAGAGCAUGAAAAUAAUUAAAUAAAAUUACAACGAGGACGUGUAUCGAUCAUUAUCUUAUAAUUAAUAUUGUUAAUCCUGCGUGGUAAUUAUCAUUUA